AUGAUACACCUCAGAACGUACCUUCUUCUCUUCAUCGCCCUCCUUGCCAUCGCACACCCCACAGUUACCGAUGACGACUUCGAAGUUCCCACACCCGCACUAGUCGAGCGAGGAAGACCAUCUGGCGCACCAUCUGGCUUCAGAGGGCCACCAGGCGGUGGCGGUGGCGGUGGCCCUCCGCCCUGGGUGAAGGCCAAAUUCGGUGGUAAGCCACCUGGCGGAAGUGGUGGGCCACCGCAGCAGUCACAACAGCCACCACAGGAUCAGUCGCAGGGCUCAUCUGGAGGCGACUCCUCGCAGCAACAAUCACAACAACCUCAGGGCCCUCCAGCCGGUGGCUAUCCAGCAGGAGCCAAGGCUAAGGCUUACAAAGGUGGCGCCGGAGGACACGGUGGCUCGGGAGGUCAGAGCGGCAGCAGCGGCGACAACAGCAACAACCAGCCUCCACCCUCCGGUAGCGCUCAACAGCCGCAGCAACCCCAACCCACAGCCCAGCAACCCGCAUCCGGCGGCGGCGGCGGCGGCUCAGGCUACAUGGCCACAGUCAACACCUGGCGCUCCAAAAUGUCCCUCUCCCCCUUCACGCAAGACUCCAAACUCGAAGCAAACGCCCUCGAUACCUCGCAAUCAUCCGGCGGCCAGCUCAAACACAAGCUCAACUCCGGCUCUAUGGGCCAGGUCAUGGCUCCGGGAAACUCGGGCAAUUUUGAAUCAGUCUUCGUGGGCGGGUGGUUGUGCGAGAUGCCCCAAUUGCCAGGCCUGGGGAGUUCAGUGUGCAAUACGAUGAGCAAAGGGUGGAAUCAUGCUGGGCAGACGGGACAUGCGGAGUUGUUGAGUUCAAAGACGUAUAAGAAGAUUGGGUGUGCGCUGGCGAGUGGGAUUUGGACCUGUGACUUGGCUUGA